CUUACUCGCUCGUCGCUGCGCCAUCUCUCGACCACUGGCCCCCUCUCAAUCCCAUAGCAGCACAUCGCAACUAACUUACAAUAACACUAGAUUUUAGCUCCGCUUCGAUUCCUGCGUUCUCAAUUUGCAACUGGUUUUCUCGCAGUCAGUCGUCUUGCGUCGCUGCUUCAAUUCCUGCAGCCAUGGCGUCCGUCACCAUGGCAGCUAUUGCACCCGCUGGCCUUGUUGCGCCCCUCUGCAAGGACGUCAGCUCCCGGACAGCAAUCUCCGGCGCUCGCGCUUCAGUGUUCGUGAAGAGCUCCAAGGCUAGGAUUGUCUGCUCUACAUCCGCCGACGAGACCUCCACUGUUGCCGAGACCGCAGGGAAGUUCGCCACUGCGUUGGCAUUGGCUGCUGUUGUGGGUUCCAGUGACUUUGUGGUGCCCGAUGCGAGAGCUGAUGUUGCUGGUUUGACGCCUUGCAAGGAGAGCAAGGGGUUUGCCAAGCGACAGAAGCAGGAGAUUAAGAAAUUGGAGGGCAGGUUGAAGCUCUACGCGCCUGACAGCGCACCUGCGUUGGCUAUCAAUGCGACUAUUGAGAAGACCAAGAGGAGGUUUGAGUUUUACGGAAACCAGGGGUUGUUGUGCGGUACUGAUGGUCUGCCGCAUUUGAUCGUGGACGGCGACCAGGCGCAUUUGGGCGAGUUCGUGUACCCCGGACUAGUUUUCCUCUACAUUGCUGGCUGGAUUGGAUGGGUGGGAAGGGCUUACCUUAUCGAUGUGAGAACUUCGAAGAAGCCCACCGAGAAGGAGAUUAUUAUUGAUGUGCCACUUGCGCUCAGGAUUAUGUCUAAGGGUCUCACAUGGCCUGUGGCUGCCAUUGGGGAGCUCAGAAGCGGAAAGUUAGUCGAGAAGAGUUCCAACAUCACCGUUUCCCCACGAUAAACUAGUGUACGAUUUCUUUGUACUAUGCUUAAUGUGUAAUAAACCCUGCAUUAAGUCAUUCUGAUUUUUCUUUUUCGUUUGUGGGUGCGUUCGAUUCAUCGUCAAAGUCCCUGCAUCGCGAUGUGCAUAUGGAUAGCGAGACGCUCUUGCAGUUACCAUUGAACGUACUCAGUGAACUAUUCUUUCAGCGAACUGGGCGCCGUGUCGCUCAUUGUUGGCUGCAAGUGCACAUAGAUUCCGUGGUAAUGCAGCACACAUCUCGCGGAUACCAAUCAGGUUGCUGGAAAUGGGAUAAUCCUUUUGGUUUCUACUGUAUACUACUUACAGAUGUGGAGUCUGAGUGCGGAACUGUUGAAUUAGAAUGUGUAGUCAAGAAGUGUGAUUCUUUAGGAUGUGUACAAAACAGCUUCAACCAAAUAAACCAGGUGUUGAGUUGGUUUUUUCUA